CGGGCGGUGACAGGGAAGAGUGUUUUCCAUUUCGCGUUGAGCCAUUUAACAAUGUGCCGACAACUGCCCUGGGUUCUGCGAAGCUGAUCGAGUUCUUGUAUUAACGUGUUGAUCUUUCAUCAAAAAUCAGAUCAUCAGCACUCGUCAUAAGUUGGUUUGUCUGUUUUAUUUUGCAAUGGAAAGAGAUUGUAGAACGGUCUGGUGUGGCAAUCUGUCGGAGAAAGUUACAGAACCGUUGUUGUACGAGCUGUUUCUUCAGGCUGGUCCACUGGAAAACGUACGAAUACCGAAGGACAGGGAUGGAAGACAACGCAACUUUGGCUUCGUUACUUUCAGACAUGAGUGUUCAGUGCCCUAUUCUGUAGCAUUAUUUGAAGGAACAGAUUUGUUCAACAAGAUUUUAAUUUUGCAAUCAAAAAAUGGUACAAACAGUGAUGCUCCCCAGAGGGAGGUUGACUUGAAUAAUUCUUAUGCAUAUGAAAGACAACGUACCCAGUCUGUUCCAAUCAAUUUUGGAAGUACUUCAGCUGCACCUGCAGGACCAGAUUACAAUAUGUUAUUCCAUCUCGGACAGCAGAUGUUAAUUCCAGGGUCUUUGGGUUCAGUGCCGUUCCAGCUGAAUCACUAUAAUUUUACUUCAGACAACAGUCCACCUGUGUAUAGAAGUCAGAUGAACAGUUCAUACUAUUUAGGUGGAAAUCUUGAAAAAGUGUCCAGAACUAGCUAUAACCGUGGGCGCAACAGAAAUCACCCUUAUGCUCAUGGUGGUGGGUCUAGAGGUUAUGAAGACAGUCACAGAAGUAAGUCAGAUGCUAGCAAAUUGCGUGAUCACCAUCGUGACCAUCAUGACAGUGAACGUCAGGCGAGUGGCAGAAGACGACGCCGCUAAGGAAAGCAUGCAUUUCAGAACGUCAAAAGAAAUUAUAAUUAAACUACACUGAAAAUAAUAUGCAAAGCAUAGGUACAUAUUUGAAUUGGGGUUUACAAAAUAUUGUUGAUGAAAUAUUCCAGUUUUAUAACUCACUCAUUCACCUCCAUAUUUAACGCAACUGAAAACUGUUCACGGUCCCUCUUUAAUUUCAAAUAACAUUAAAAACACAUGAAUUGCUAAAUGUUUCGGCCUUACUUGGCCAUCUUCAGGCAAUGGUUCACUUUUUAGAAACCAUCACACUACACUAGCUCCUAAGUCAAUAUAUUUCCAUGCUGUUGCAUGUCAUUCACACUAAAAAGUGUUUGUUUGAGAAUAAAACUCUCAAUUUGGGGUUACUUUCCUUUUGCGGUGUCCAUGUUUGUGCUCCUUCGUGUGUAGUGUUGUUAUGUAUGCUGUACUGGCUUGUAGGUUUUUCCAUUCUGUUAGACUAGUUAUGUUGUCAAGUGGUUCAUGUGUGUGUGUAGUAUCUGCACUGAUAAUAACACUACAUCGACAUUCUUAUGAACUGCACAAAUAAUACACAUAAUUCCCACACUGAAAAUGGAAUGCAGUGAAACUAAAUCCAGCAACAAGAAGCACUCUCAAGCAAAUAUCUUUUAAAUGAAUGGAUGAUGAUCACAAUGAAAAUAACAUUAAGAUAUUAAUUUUAAUUCCAAGUUUAAUUAAUUUUAAUUAGGAAAUAUGGUGUUACCCAUUAUACAUAACUUUGACAUACAUUGCAACAGUGUUAGCAAGACAACACUCGCUGAUGACAGUAUAUGGCCAAAACAUGUACUGAGGAAGAAGGGUUACUAGAUAAUAGUUUUGCAUUUAAGAGGAAAUAUGUAUGUACAAAAGAUAUAUUAAUGCAACAGGAUUCUGAAAUACAAUAAAACAGAACAUAAUGUGGCGCAAACCAUGUAGCUGUUUGUAAAUCACAGUUGCAGACUAUGAGUCUUGUCAGUUUUUUUUUAAAAUAGCAACAGGGAAAUACAAUCUUAUGUAUUCAGGAGUAUGCAUGUGAAGAAACUAUUAUGGCUAGCGAUACUGUCCUCAAUUUAAACAUACUGAUGUGGAUAUUUUUUCAUAAUUCUAAGAUUCUGCAGUAUGUUUUUGAUAUCUUGUCAUGGAUGAUUGUAUGGUUUCAGUUUUUGGAGUUCCACAUAGGUCAUGUAGGAGUCAAACUUUCAGUAAUAAAUUGAUUCUUCAGCUGCUCUAA